CCACCAGCGUGGUAGGAAAUUCGCGUGCGAUUUCCAGACGCUAGAAACCGCAGUACGUACGCCGAUGGACAACGAGUCAUGUGGGUUUUCUCCCCUCGAUAUCUGCCGGACGCUUUUCUGCUCCACUCCAAUCUCGCUUCCAGAUUCAAACCUCUGCGUUCCAUUAAACGCCUGAUUUCCACAACGCGAGCGAGAAUGGAAAGCGGAGGAAGAAACGACCGUUUGGACAACCCAAAGUCCGAUCCAAGCAAAUCGAAGUUACAAGAAAUGCUAAGUGGCAGCUCAUCGACGGAUGAUGGGUGGGACAAAUGCUGGGAACAAGGACUAACUCCAUGGGAUUUGGGAGGGCCAACACCCGUGAUUCUGGAUCUUCUUAAGACAGGGGCCCUCCCCAAUGGAAGGGUUCUCAUCCCAGGAUGUGGCAGUGGUUAUGAUGUGGUAGCAAUUGCCAGCCCUGAGCGCUAUGUUGUAGGCUUGGACAUAUCCGAUAGUGCUAUCAAGAUAGCAAGAGAGAUGUCUUCAUCAUUGCCAAAUGCAAAUUAUUUCUCCUUUUUAAAGGCGGAUUUCUUCAUUUGGCAUCCAACUGAGUUGUUUGAUCUCAUUUUCGAUUAUACGUUCUUCUGUGCAAUUGAACCAUCCUUGAGGUCAUCUUGGGCAAGUAAAGUUAAAGAUCUUCUGAAAGCAGAUGGAGAGCUUAUUACCCUGAUGUUUCCGAUAAGCGAUCAUGUCAGAGGACCCCCUUAUAAAGUUUCUGUGGCUGACUAUGAGGGAGUAUUGCAUCCCAUGGGUUUUGAGGCUGUUUCAGUAAUAGAUAACGAGCUAGCAAUUGAGCCACGGAAGGGAAGAGAGAAGCUUGGAAGAUGGAAGAAGAGGCCUUUAAAGCACGCUUGCAUGUGAACAAUUGCAACAUUUGUAAUUGGAGGAUACCCGGUACUUGUACAACUUUUAUGAAACUGCAUAAGGUUCUUUUUCUUCGUUACCAUUUACGAAAAGAACCCAACAAUAAUAGCAAUAAUGAUGAUAAUGAUGAUGAAUUAAUGCAGAGAUUUCCAACUACCACACACAGCAGCAUGUGGCUAUAUGUGUAUGAUUUAUAUAGCAAUCUUGUAUGUGAACAAUUACAACAUUAGUUAUCGGACGAUACCCAAUACUUGUAUGACUUUUAUAAACUGUACAAGGUUCUUUUUCUUCAUUACCA